AAGCUAGACUCUGUUGCCAUGGCACUGUGUUCGACCUCACAUUGUAAAGGCAUGCCAUUAUUCUGUCUCUGCCAAAAUGCACCGCAUCUUCUGACUCAAGCCUUUGUGGCUUGCACAAGUGGCUCUCAGAGGAGAAUGGCAUUGCGAAAAAAGACUGAGGUCAGAGGUCACGUCAGAGCCAUCCCAUCGGGCUUGCUUUUGUGUAAUCAAAUUUGUCGCGGGCACAAAAAGCGCCACAGUAAAAUAUCUGGAAAAGAUUGCAUUGCAAGGACGGAGCAGUUCAUUCGUUCGUUUGCCUUGUUCUCCACCUCGUCUUUACUCCUCCACAAAUGCUGCAUGUAGCAGAAACUGCUGGAUAACCCUUCUGCUCUCACAGCAGCUGUUAACAAACCUAUGUUCAGAGCCAAACUACACCCUCUGUACUUUUCUCUGCGACACUCACCCUAGACUGCACUGCUGAACAGAGUCCAGUGGAACCGACACGGUUAUGAUCAUGGAGGCUUUUCCCACCGUGCUUUUCCCACUGCUGUCCAAUCAAACGACUGAGAGUUGUGAGCCUGUAGACAACACAGUGGAGAAUCUCUUCUUUGGCCUCUACUACAUUAUAGUCUUUCUCCUCGCACUGAAUGGCAAUAGCCUUGCCCUAUGGAUCUUCUCUCGUCAGAGAGGAGUCUCAUCUCCAGCUAAUGUUUUCUUAAUGCAUCUUGCUGUAGCUGACCUCUCCUAUGUUAUUAUUUUGCCUCUGAGAGCCACAUACCAUUUGACAGGAGGUCAUUGGCCAUUUGGAGAGGUUCCUUGCCGCCUAGCUGGGUUCCUUUUCUAUGUAAACAUGUAUGCCAGUCUUUACUUUUUGGCUUGUGUGGCUGGCGAUCGAUACCUUGCUGUGGUACAUGCUGUGAGCUCACUGAAAUUUCGCCAUGCCCGGUUUGCCCAUAUAACUAGCUUUGCCCUGUGGGGUCUUGUAAUUGUAGCCAUGGCUCCACUAUUGGUGACCCAGCAGACCAUAGAAGCAAACGGGACCACGGUGUGCUUGCAGUUGUAUAGAGAGAAAGCUUCCCAACGAGCCUUAGUAUCCCUCAUUGUUGCAUUCACACCUCCUUUCCUGGCCACACUAUCGUGCUACGUACUCAUAGUGAACAAUCUAAGAAAGGGUUUGAGGAUGGAGCCGGCACUGAAAGUGCGAGCACUGCGUACAAUCGGCCUGGUCAUGCUAAUUUACGUAGUGUGCUUCCUGCCAUACCAUGUGAGCCGCGCCACGUUUAUCCUGGGUUAUGGACAUCCUGAUUUGUCCUGCCAGACACAGAGAGGUCUUGCCCUCGCUAAUCGUCUCACCUCAUCCCUUACCUGUCUAAACGGAGCUCUGGAUCCACUAGUCUACCUUUUUGGAGCAGAGAAAUUCAGAGGUACUAUACAAAGACUCCUGUGCAGGGAUAAAUCAGGUGGAUCUGCAGCUACAAGUGGAGAUCUUAAGGGCACUCAUGAGAGUUCCUUAAGUGCAAAGUCUGAAUUCUGAGAAAACAGCAUUUUAAUGUAUAUUCCAGUAUAUCCAGUUAUCUAUAAGACAGGCUACAUACUGUUUUGUUUAAUUUUAUACUUUUGAGGUCUUUAUAUAAUGAAGUAUUCAGACACUGGGUUCGGGUUUGUAGACAUUUGAACAAAAUUAAAAGUGUUCAUUUUGCUGGUGUGUGAUUUUUCUUAACCGGAAAUGAAAAGAGGAAGUUAUGCAAAUGUCAAAGACAUUAGCCAGUUGAUUUUUUUUCUUUUAAUUUGUCUGCAAGUACUUGUACCUAAAAAUAAAAAGAAAGGAAAAAUGUAACAUAAUACUGUCCAUUAACAUCAAAAGUUACAUUUUAAUAUUUUUUUUUUAAUCUACAAUCCAGCUUUAUAAUCAGAUUUUCUAGUAUAGGCUCUGGAUCUACUGUGUCCCAGACCAUCAUAGCUUUCUAAAAGUAAGCGAGCGAAUAAAAGUAACAGAUGUGAGCAAUCAGAAGACACAUUAAAUCUAACAUUUCAUUUAAUUUACUAACAACAAUCCGCUGACAAAUUAUAUUUAAAGAUUAAAUAUAAGAUUUUUAAAGAUUUAAACAGCUUUUUGUAGUGCUCACAGCACACUGUUGUAGUUCGACAAACAUUACAUAUUAAAAAAAUUUAUCUGACCUAACUCAUCGAAUUAAUGGGUACAUAGUAUAUAUAUAUCUUUCAUUAGCCAGCAUUUAUAUUUGUUAUUAGCCAUUACUUUUAUUUCAUUAUCUUUAUGUUUGCUGAUGUUUAAGACUCAUGUGUCAUGUAAAGAAAAUCACCACAAGGCAAAGGAUAUUGCAAUGUCAUAACAGCUGCUUUUGAAAAUAACUAUGUGCAUAUACAGAUCUUCAUAUAAUCUGAGCAGAUAUUUGUUCAAAAUGUGUUUUUAGCAAUACUGUUGUACUAGAGCAAGCCUUUUAUACUCUGCAGUACUUAUGUAGCUUUGCAAUUGUACAUAUGCAUUACAUAACACAUUGUACCUCUUUUGAUUUGAUAUAUGUAAUCACCUUGAUGUGCUUAUUUUGUCUCAGUGAAUAAGAAGUUAUUUAUUGUUCCUUUUCAUUGGAGGUGAUGUUUUCGGCACUUAUAUCACUAUAUUUCAAUAUUGCUGUAUAAAGCGUGCUAGAUGCACCAUUUUGUAAUCAUGUGUAAAUUAAACCCUGUUAUUUUUGG